CAUUAAAAAAAGGACGAUUUUGGAUCACCCCUGAUCCUUAUCACAAAGAUGACAACAUCCAGAUUGGGCGUGAGGUGAAAAUAUCUUGCCAAGUAGAAGCUGUUCCUUCUGAGGAGUUAACAUUUAGUUGGUUUAAAAAUGGCCGUCCAUUGAGAAGUUCUGAGCGGAUGGUGAUUACACAGACUGACCCUGAUGUCUCUCCUGGAACAACGAACUUGGAUAUCAUUGAUUUAAAAUUCACGGAUUUUGGGACAUACACAUGUGUAGCCUCUCUGAAAGGAGGAGGAAUAUCUGAUAUCAGUAUUGAUGUUAAUAUUUCCAGCAGCACAGUUCCACCCAAUCUGACUGUUCCACAGGAAAAAUCACCUUUGGUCACCAGAGAAGGAGACACAAUAGAACUACAGUGUCAAGUGACUGGAAAACCUAAACCAAUCAUCCUUUGGUCUAGAGCAGAUAAAGAAGUUGCUAUGCCUGAUGGGUCAAUGCAAAUGGAGAGUUAUGAUGGAACACUGAGGAUUGUGAAUGUGUCUAGGGAAAUGUCAGGAAUGUACAGAUGCCAGACCAGCCAGUACAACGGAUUUAAUGUGAAACCAAGAGAAGCCUUGGUGCAGCUGAUCGUUCAGUAUCCCCCUGCUGUGGAGCCAGCAUUCCUGGAAAUCAGGCAAGGACAGGACCGAAGUGUCACUAUGAGCUGCAGGGUACUGAGAGCCUAUCCAAUACGCGUGCUGACCUAUGAGUGGCGCUUGGGCAAUAAAUUAUUACGGACUGGUCAGUUUGACUCGCAGGAGUACACGGAGUACCCAGUGAAGAGUCUUUCCAAUGAAAACUAUGGGAUUUACAACUGCAGCAUCAUAAAUGAAGCUGGAGCCGGGAGAUGCAGCUUUCUUGUGACAG